AUGAAAGCUCUUCUCGGUUUAAGAAGAUUGGAAGUUGUUGUUGCUAUUGCCACUAUAAUAGGUAGUGUUAGAGCUUCAUCUGAAAAUUAUGGGAAUCCCCUAGCUACGUCAGAUCAAAAAGCUCUAGAUGCCCUUGCAAUUGAGCUCUUCGAGACUUGGAGCUUCCCCGUCCUUCAGGCCGAAGCAAAAGCGGCGUACCAAACAGCUCAUGGACUCCCUAUCAGUGAUGAAGCCUCCUCGAGUCUCGAUGCAGCUAUUGAGGAGUUGGCCUUUAGUGCCCUUCAAAAGGCCAUCAAUAAUGAUCCAUACUAUCCCAAGGUCUAUUGGGUGGACUCUGCUCCUCGAAACUGGUUCGGUCUGGAUGUCCCCGGCGGACGAUAUUCAUACGACAACCCAGACUGUAUCUAUCGUACCAUUCCGAUCGACUCCAGCGCUGAUUACGUUUUAAAAGGUUAUCGUUAUACGCCAGGGCCUAGCGACGUGACAUUCUCGCUGAUUAGUGACCCUAAUUCUCAAAAUACUGUAGCUUUUCUGGCCGGCAGCGGCUUGGUUGUCGACGACGACGGCUCAUAUACCAUUACAAUCAACAGCUCAUCUACCGAUAGCCAAACAAACCAUAUUCAGUCCAACUCGUCGGCGGUCCAGCUCUUGAUCCGCGAAAAUCUGGGAGACUGGCAAACAGAGAAGCCAGACAACAUUACCGUUGAGGUUACAAGCAACAUCACAGGCCACGAUCCCAUCAGCACCGCUCAGAUCAUCGUCGACGCACAAUGGAACUUACAAGAAUCCAUAGUUGACUACGGUGUCGGUGCACUAGGUCUCAAGACGUCCAUCAACGCAGUGAACACGCUUUCAACCCCAAGUCAAUCAAGCAGUCUCGGAACCUUGACCAGCCAAGCGAGUUCCUUUGGCCAUUUCAAGAUCACUAACGACGAAGCCCUUGUGGCCACCCUCACUCCCGGUGCAGCAGAUUAUUUCGUCUUUCCCGUGACGAAUCCCUGGUUGGUGACCACUAGUCCCGGCACAAGCCAGGACAGUCUCAAUAGCAAGCAGGCGAUCGCCAACGACAACGGAACGUACACCUUCGUUGUAUCUAUUGGAGAUCCUGGCGUCUACAACUGGGUUAACACGACGGGACUUCAUGAGGGCACAAUAAUGGCUCGCUGGCAAGGAUUGAGUACUUCUUCGUCUGCCGACGAUACGCUUGGUAUUCAUGUUCAAUUGGUUUCGCUCUCUGAUUUGGCCACGGUUCUUCCUAAGGAGACUGUCUAUGUGACUGCCGAAGAACGCGCAGCACAACUUGCUGAUCGUGUUGCAGGAUAUGCACAGAGACUCGAUUCUUAG